AGUUGCCUUAACUUAUUUGGGUUUUAAAGUCCUCAAUUGUUUUUUGAACUUAAAUGGUUUGUUGCAAUCUGUUUCCUCAAAUGGUUUGAGUUAACUUAUUUGGUUUUACAGUGUUGUAAAAACCAUCAGCCCUCUUGUAUUUUUUCCUCCUUUUUCAAAUAUUUCCCAAGUGAUGUUUUACACAGAUAAAUUAAUUUUCAAAGUAUUACCUAUAAUACUUUUCUAUAACAGAAAAUGUAGCUAUAUAACAUACAUUGAACAGAAUUUAUAACAUAUAUAGGUUACUGCACAACAGAAAUUUCUGGGUGAAUUGAAAAACAGAUCUCGUUCUGCAUGCGUCAGCUGCUGUAUUUUCUCCCUCAAUCAGAAGAGGCAUCUUAUCCCGAAAGUGUGCUCUUAUUGGGUAACGCACAACUAGACAGUAACUUCAGUUCAUCAGAGAGGAGUGCAAGCAUCUCUAUCUGCGUACAUAUCCAGUCACUGACGUACUCAAUCCUCAGCAGACCCGCAUCGCAGCGUCAUCACUGAUACCCACCGAGAACUAGAGCAAAACUGAUCCUCUGCGUUUUGCACAUGAACUGACACAGUUUUCCUCAUAUUCUUCUAUUCUGGGUUUAAAUUCAUUUUUUAUUUAUUUAUUUUUUUAGACUGUAAAUGUGAUAUGGGGUGAUGUACGCUCAUGUACUUCAUACUACGCGAUGGUAAAAUGUAACUGUCGUACACGUGCAGAGUUUACAGCUCCAUUCAUUUUGUUGGGAGCGUUUUGUUUUGUUGCGUGUGUAGGUUUGCACUGCUUAUUACACUGUGAAGGAUGAGUGUGAGGAAAAGGCAGUGACCGGAAAGAAUCUUCUAGUGGAAGGCAAACACACACACACACACUCACGCGCGCGCAUAUAUUCUAGAACACUAGAGGCAGUCGUGUUACACAAGACGCAUCCAGACUCCGUAAAUAUAGGCUAGAGCACCGGUUGCGUUACAUAACGAGGAUGCUCCGCAAACUUUUAGUUUUUUUAUAUGCUCGUGGUUAAAUGAUUUGUCUUGAACUGAAUGCGGCAAUAUAACAAGAUCAAGCAAUAAUGUACAGAGCCUUACAGGAAGACUAGGGUCACGCGCAAUGCAUAUGCAUUAAAUGAUGCGUCAGAGAAGAGAUGAUGCUAUUACUGACGUGAUCUGGGUCGAUGUCCUUAUAAUAAAAUGUACAGAAUAAUAGCCUGCCAAUAGUAAUAUGAUAGCGAAAUCGUGGUUUUAGGCUGAAGAAUGAAAUUUGCUAUUUGAGUUUAUGCAUACACAUCCCCAAUACUGUGCUAUAAUGCAUAACCCACAGGACUUAAGCACAUCUAAUAGCGUGUCAAACAUUUAUUGUGCAAAUUAAUAAGCAAAACUAACACUAGACACACUGUAUCGGAUUACAAACGCAUUGCUCCCCAUUUAGUCAGUACUUACUGGUUGAAUUAACCACCCUGUUGUUCACUAAAGAACCAAAGAAUAUCUGGAUAUGCUAUUCAAAGCUAUUUUAUUCCGUGUAUGAGAUGUCGAACGUGCUGUAUAAAUAAGAGAGCCUCUCUGCGACCUGCUCGCUCCGUGCGCAGCAAUCCUCUGACAACUCUCCGACACCUUGGGAUGUUCAAGCGGGGGCGGGGCUGCGAACAGGAGUAGAAGCUGAUUGGUGCGUGGUGAUGCCGUUCAUACUUGGACCAAUGAGCCCAAUGAGCUGUUAAAGGGGGAGGAUUCGCAGGUACGCCUUCCCCCGAAGGUUGCACCGCCUAGUUUCUGUGUGUGUGCGUAUUUUUUUCUUUUUAUUUUUUUUGUAACCAAAGCUGGAUGUGUAGGACGUCACAUGUUGUUUUUCCUCUUCACUCCAGUCACUUAGCGAUAUGUGUUAUUUACUGUUAAACCGCUCUACGCAGCGAACGCGCACUCCGUGCCGGGUACAGAAGAGAAUCUGACAGGAUUAUAACUGACUGACAGCACAAGUUGAGGAGGAAAAGUGAGAGUUUUUCUUCACAGCAUAUGAGAAUGGCGAGUCCGCCGCCGACGGGAGGACAGCUGAUUUCAGAUAUGACCGUGAAGAACAACAACCACGUUAAGAAAUGCGGCUAUCUGAGGAAACAGAAGCACGGACACAAGCGCUUUUUCGUGCUGAGGGAGCCGAGCGAUGGCUCUCGCGCCCGGCUGGAGUAUUACGAGAGCGAGAAGAAAUGGAAAAACAAGUCGGCUGCUAAACGGGUUAUACCUUUGGACUCGUGCCUGAACAUCAACAAGAGAGCCGAUGCCAAACACAAACACCUGAUCGCCCUUUACACGAAGGACGAGUAUUUUGCCGUGGCUACCGAGAACGAGCAGGAGCAAGAGGACUGGUUCACGGUCUUAACGGAUUUAAUGAACGAGGGGAAAGUGAGCGACGGCUCCGCGUCUAAUUCGGCGUCAUCCCUCGUCGGCUUUGAUGAGGCGAACUACGGCGUGAUAACGCCCGUCACCGCUGCUUACAAGGAGGUUUGGCAGGUCAAUUUGAAAUCUAAAGGACUCGGACAGAGCAGGAACUUAACAGGCGUUUACAGGCUGUGUUUAUCCAGCCGGACCAUCAGCUUCGUCAAACUUAACACCGAGAACGCAUCGGUGAUUUUACAGCUGAUGAACAUCCGCAGAUGCGGACACUCGGACAGUUUCUUCUUCAUCGAGGUGGGCCGCUCCGCGUCCAUCGGACCCGGCGAAUUAUGGAUGCAGGCGGACGACUCGGUGGUGGCGCAAAACAUUCACGAGACCAUUCUGGAGGCGAUGAAAGCUAUGAAAGAGAUGUCAGAGUUCCGACCGCGCAGCAAAAGCCAGUCCUCAGGUACGAACCCCAUCUCUGUGCCCACAAGGCGGCACUUUAACAACCUUCCGCCGAGUCAGACCGGGCUGCCGCGCCGCUCGCGCACUGACAGCAUGGCAGCCACGUCUCCCGUGACGAAACUGACGUCCUGCAGGAUCCGCACAGCGAGCGAGGGCGACGGCACUUUAGGCAGCCCCAUCAGCCCAGGCGUGAACAGGACGCAUUUGAGCCGCUCCAACACAGUGACAGCUCGCCCAUGCAGAACAUUUGAGUCUUCAUCCUUGCAGCAUAGCAAAUCCAUGAGCAUGCCCGUGUCUCACUCCCCUCUCUCAGCUGCCAGCCCGGUCAGCCUGUCCUGCAGCAGCAAUAUAGAGGGCGGUCCUCGCCCAUCCAGCUGCACAGCCUCUAUAUCAGGCUCCCCCAGUGAUGCAGGCUUCAUCUCCUGUGAUGAGUGUGGCUCCAGUCCGGGUGAUGUAAGACACCUUUUAGCAGCAAACCGAAGCAACACACCUGAGUCACUUGCUGACACACCCCCCUCACAGGAGGGCAGUGACCUGUACGGAUACAUGAUCAUGGAGAGACCAAGCAGCUUUGGCCAGCGAGGCAUCCGGGCAGCAGGUGAGGAGAUCUUAGGAGACCUGGAGAAAGCCUACAGGAAAAGGACACACUCCCUCACCAUGCCUUACCAGAAGAGGGUGCCAUCACAAGUGUCCUCAGCCUCACUGGAUGAGUACACACUGAUGAGAGCCACGUACACAACUGCAGGCCAUUCGGGGCGCAGCUCUCACACUGCAUCUCCAAAGGUCACAUACCCUGAGGAUUACGGGGACAUUGAAAUUGGAUCAUUACUGAAAAGUUCCAGUGGUAAUAUAGGUGAUGAUGGCUACAUGCCAAUGACACCAGGUGUGGCUCCGCAAGGGGGGAAGGCUGACAACUAUAUGCCAAUGAGCUCAAUGUGCGUUUCAGCUCCAAAGCAGAUAAUCAACCCCAGGACUCACCCCCUGACUAUAGCUAAUGGGUACAGAACUAGCUCUCCCAGCAGCUGUUCUUUGGAGGACAGUGGCUACAUGAGGAUGCUGUGCGGCUCUAAGUUCUCAAUUGACAGCUCAGAUGGGAAAAUGACAAAUGGCGAGUACCUCAACAUGUCUCCUGUAGAUUCAGUCACACCACCAGACUACUACCUGAGCCCUGAGUCUCCCCGUCUCAGACAACUUCACUCAUUUAACUCUUUGCCCCGCUGUCAUAAGCCCCAGCAGAUGCAAAAGGAUGCGGACAAUGAUCAGUAUGUUGUCAUGAACCCUCAGAGUCACAAGAUUAUAGAGGAGUCAGUAAAAACAGCAUCCCCCCCUGCCCCAUCUCCUCUAAGACAAAGCCGCACAGACAACCUCAUUCUCCGGCACAGGAUCAGCCGGCCCACCCGCCUCUCUCUUGACACUCUAAGGACAUUACCCAGUAUGAACGAGCAUCCCAAUCCAUCUGAGCCAAAAAGCCCUGGGGAGUACAUAAACAUAGACUUUGGACAUGUCGCUGAAAGUUGCACCCCGCCUUCUACUGCUUCCUUCGAGAGCCCAGCCUCAUCCCUGGGAUCGUUCGCCGAUCAGAGGACGUCCCCCCUCUCUGAUUACAUGAACCUUAAUGUGAGUUCACAGUCACCCAAAUCUGGAAAUGCCGCCCCAUCUGAUCGCUUGGAGCCCCUUCCAGAAUGCACGUCAUGUCCCACCCACACUGAGGAAGAGGAGGAAGAUGAGAGGUACCAGUGCAAGGCACAGUUGGCACCAGCGGGCCCAGUUGAUAAAGCAAAAGACGAUUACACAGAGAUGACGUUUGGCGUGUCUGCUUCCUCUCCGCCGCCUCAGCCCUCAGAAGGUGGGCAGACCAUCAGCCCAUCCUCCUGCUUGCAGAGGCUGACUGUGGACGAAAAUGCUGGAGCGCCUGCUGUGGAGGCAUUUCUGCUGCAUGCAGCACCUCUGGCCUUGGUGGACCCUGAUCGAGGUGCCAAGGUGAUUCGUGCUGACCCCCAGGGACGCAGGCGGCACAGUUCAGAGACUUUCUCCUCAACCACCACUGUAACACCAGUGUUUCCCUCCUUUGCACAUGACACCAGGCGGCACGGUUCGGCCUCUGUGGAGAACGUGUCUGUUUCGGUGAGAAACGGCGAAGGAUCGGAUGAAGAGUACAACAGUCCCAUGUGCAGGGAGACGUCAGCUGGCUUUCAGAAUGGACUUAACUACAUUGCCUUAAACUUGAUGGAUGGAGGACUUGCCAGCUGUGAUUCCCUUGUCCGGUUCAAAGCUGCUAGCUGCUGUAAAGAGGGCAUCAAUGGAAUACACACUAGUCCGUAUGCCAGCCUUGGGUUCAAGGACACGGCAACAACAGUAAAAGACUAAACAGAGCCAGUCUCUUCAUUGAAGCCUUCUUCUUCUGCAUCUGGACGAGUGGAAGAAAGGAGGCGCUCGUGUGGACAGAUGGUCCAUGCCGUCGAUACUGCUGCUGCUACUACAACUUCAGUCCUCGGCUGAACUUUGACCUCCCGGAAUUCAUUCGCACAGACACUUGACCCGAGGCCUAACGAAGACUCAGACACAGAGGCAGGACUUCCUGUCCAUGUGUUACUCACUACAAUCUCUUCCCUCGACUUUUGUGUUCGUCACAGACCUUUUUCUUUCCACUGGUUUUGUUACGAGGACUUCGAGUGGCCAGUGUCCCCGACCCCCUGAAAAACAACCUGUGAACCAAACAUCUGAUAUGCAUGCACGCACACCUACAGUCGAUUAUUUAUUGGUGGUGAGCGUUCAUGUAUGCGCGGGCGGUUGCAACACUGCACAGAGGUGGCAUUUCAAUUUACGCAACAAUUCGAAUAUCGGAAAAAAAGCAGUCACUUGAAUACCCUACCUCAGAACGAGCCAGGUUAUGACUUACAAAUAUAUAUAUGAAUAUAUAUAUACGGAAAGAGAGAGAAAGAGAGAGAAAUUAAUUUAUUUUUGCAAGUGAAUGUUUUCGUAAAAAAAAUAAAAAUAAAAAAAAUACAAACAAACACCAAUCCAAAGCCUUACUAACUGUACUGUCAAACAGUGUUUUCUGGAGGACCUGCAUACGCUCACAACACAAAGAGUAUCAAAGAGAACUGUUUGCCAUGCUAACUGAAUGUCUAGCACUGCGGCGCUGGAAGCUCUUGCGCUGCGCUCAAAGAUCUAUUAACGUUAUUUUGCAGAUGUUUAAUAUAAUGCUAUUUAAUCUGAGCUGGUACCGGAAACGGAUGGCCGCCCUGUGGCCAUCCCCGCACAUAUGCAAAGCAGGCUUCCAGAGUUAUCAGUUUUGGAAGGAAGCCACACGCGAUUAACACACCAACCGCUAGAUGAAUGAUGUCUGUGCCUCAGGUCAGAGAAGCCAAGCCUAGGCACGCUAGCACACUUUAACUCACUGUCUUUAAACCUUAAAGGGAUGGUUCGCCCAAAAAUGUACACUCACUCACCCUCAAGUGCUUGCAGACCUUUAUGAGUUUCUUUCCUCUGUGUAGCCGCUAGCUAUGUUUCCAUUCAAAAAUGCAAAUUGGACUGAUUUGCAUAGAGUGAUCGGCAUGACCCACGGCGCCUGCCUUGUGUGUAGUCAUGCAUUUAUACUUCUGCACUCUGUUUGUGUUGCUCUGCAAUAACACUUCCAAAAUGCUAUUCAGCAGGUAUUUAUGUUCCUCAGUAGGUAUUUAUGUUUAAUUUGUUGUGUUUUAUUUCUGAAUGCUACCGUAAUCUACAAGUAGCAAAAACUUGCUUAUUUAAAGGUGGGAACUGACGAACGUGCAACAACAUUAAUCAUAAUGUAAAAACAAAACAACAGUUUACAUCUAGAGCUACUUCACAGGACUUGACGCAUGUAAACACUCACUCCAAUGGGUUCACGUUGCUCUCAGCCCCGCCCCCACUUGUCACAGCUACCAAGCUGACCAAUAGCAGAGCUAUGCGUCUUUGUGACAUGUGGUUUCAUUUUUUAAAGAGGUGCGGAUAAAUGUUGGCGUCAGCCAUGGUAAGUGCUAUGCGAACACCGGAGCAUACGCAUACAAGCGCUUGACGCAGAAGUAUUAAUCAGCCUUCUUACGCAAAACUUGAAUAUUGCAUAAAACAAUUUUUGUUUGCACAAAAUUUUCUCAUAAAUUGGAGGCAAAUAUGAAAAAGAAAAAUGGAAUUUGCUGCAGUUCAAAAAGCCAGCAUGGGCCUUCUUACAUAAAAAAUUACUUGCGUAAUGAAGAUUUAACGUAAUGAACGCACAACGACUUUUGGUGGCGUGAGCUCAGCCGCUAAAAACAGUACUAGGGGUAAAAUUACCGAACUACUUUGAUGACAAACUUUGGCCCAGGGAUUUCAGAAUGGCCAAAACAACUUUUCAGAUGCUGCGCAAUUUAACGCUCCGCUGGUUUAUUCGUUAAUUCCAUUGCGGCUCACUUCCAACAUGAAAGCAGAUUGCCAGUUGCAUUGUAUUAUGUACUGUUAACAUGUCGCGUCUUUUCCCUUCGCAAGUUCGUAACUUCCAAUGGAGGUGAGUGUAUAUUCUAGACACACCUAGUUGAAAAUAUCUCAACUUUUCAGAAUGCCGUAAGUGCAUUGUGAGUCAUGUGACAAGAAUUGACGAAUCAGCUUCAUACUUUGUAUGAAAUGUACAAUUUUCGGUAGACUAAUUACUUGAGACCAACACAGAACACCCAAACACUGUUGUGCUUUUUCAGUUUCUUCAUAAAUAAAACUUGUAUCAGAGCUGCAGCAAUGCUUUGUCAGCUUGUCAUACUUAUAGAAUUCAGUUGGCAGUCGAUUCGCAAUGACAAAAUAGCGCAAACGCAAAUCGCUUUGAAAAUGGUGACGAAAGCGAUGCAAAAUCACUUUUUUAUAUGAAAUUUUAAUUAGAUUUUUUUAUUUUUAGUUCAAAAUUAAAAUAAAAGAACUAAGAUUAAAAAAAAUUUAUUUAAUUUAUUUCUUCUAAUUUACUAAAUUUUAUUCGGUAAAUUUGUUCCCAUCAUAGUUUAUACACAUUUUUUUAUUAUCGAAUAAAAAGUUUAUCCUACUCAUAAAUUUCAUACUCGCAAUUUCAAAAUGAUUCUGUUGAUUCCAUAAAGCAUUUUUAAUCCGACAUAUAGCUACUGACAUCCAUAAUAGUGAAAAAGAAAGUCUGAGGUUUAUCCUCUUUUGGGUUCAACGGAUGAAAGAAACUCAAGUAGGUUUGAAACAAGUGUAGAGUGACAGAAAUUUCAUCUUUGGGGCGAACUGUCAAGUUAACAACCCAAAAGCCUCUGCUGACUUUCCCGCCUCUCAUGCACUGCUCUGAAAAACGCAGGCUUCCCUUUGCCUUACAUCCGCAGCCGUGGAGAGUGAUGAUUCAGGGACGUCUCAGAAGGCCUGACACCAUUAAUGCUGCUCCCUAUACCGUCAGACAGGGGUAGACCCGUCAGAACCAAUGCUUUGUCUUGCACUUACAAACUCCCUAGAUUGUAACACAAGACACUUUUGAAUGUAGAGUAUUCUGGAGAUGAAACGGCACGGACUAAACAUCCACAAACAGACUGAUUGAGAGUUGUUUAGUUCAACACACACACACAACACGCUCAACUUGACUUAAGUAUAUGAAAACGUUUGCCUAGAAAGCUGUAUAUAGUGUAUAUAGAGAUUGCAACUGAUGUUUUUAAGUUAAAGAUUAUAACGUAUGUCUUUUUUUUUUUUGUAAAUUAAUAAAUAUAUAUGUAUGGUAUGUGUUUGAAUGACGUUUCCCCCCAAACAACUAAAGCACUAAUGAAGGUACUUGCCAAGGGCUGAACUUUUUAGCCUGGCAUAUUUUUUCUUUUUCUAAAUCUUCAGUAUGUUAAAAAAAAUAGAUGUACACUGUACGAGAAAUGCCACUUCAAGGAUAUUUGAUAAUGAUGUAUAAAAUAAGAGCGAAUUCAUUGAAUACUUGAUAUUUCAGACAAAUAGGUACAAAUUCUCCAACGGCAUAUGCAAUAUUUACAUGUUUUUAUAAAGAUUAGUUUACAGAAAGGAACCAAAUGUAUAAAUACUGUUAAUAUAUUUAAAAACCUUUUUGCUGUACACAGUUUUCUGCCAAUUUUAAAUGGAAAAGUGUUUUUAUUUCCUCUGUUUUUUGCUAUUGAAUCCUAACAGUAAUUUCAGCAGCGUUCCGAUGCGAACGCUGUUUCUCAGUAAGGAAAGCUUGAAUAUUUCAAUGCCUGAGCGAGUUUUUUUUUUUUUGUUGUUGCUUUUUUUUUUCUGUGUCUUCCAUUGUAAAUACUUCAUAUUCUUUGCAUUGUGAUGCUACUUAGAAAUGAUAAUUUAAACUUAGUGUAUUUAGCAUUGCUUUAGAAACUGUACUGAUUCUGAAUAGCCACAUGCAAUAAAAAUGUAACAUUAUUUAAGAAG